AUGUCGAUGAGACGUCCGCUCCCGGAUAAAUUUUCGUGUGGUGCGAAACUCGAUAAGAGAUUUGUGGCUGGUGAACGUGUUUACAAGUUCGAUAAUGUUAGUAGUGUUUUGCUGUUUCGCCUUCGGAUUAAUAAUCCUUGUGAUUAUUCAUUUCACUCGUCCUAG